ACAUCUCCCACAAUGCCUGUCGCGAAUCAAGAACAGCCCAAACGUAGACGUGGGCCUGCUAAGUGUAUUGAGUUUGAGAAAGCGAGAAAGUACGGGAAAGUGCUUUUGAAGAUUAAUGAAGGUGAAACAGCCCCGUGCUGCGAGAACGCAUCCAUGUUCACCACACGGGUAUCACAAAUAGUAAAACAACAUUGCGACAUGAGUUAUGCGAGGUGGACUGAUGUGCCUGAUGCAGAAAAGAACGAGUUGAUCGAACGUGUGAGGGGUGACUUCGUGUUGGAUUGGGAUCAGGAGAAUCAUAGAUUGGCCGUCUUGAAGCAGUUGCGUAAGCGGUUCAAUGCAUUUCAUCACGAAUUACACAAAAAAUAUUUAUCGUACGGCAGUCACUCAGAAGCAUUGGCUUCUGGGUGUACCAUGGUCAAUGACAAAGUUUGGGUUAAGUUGUGUGAGAGGUGGGGAACCGACAACUUCAAGAAAAUCUCAGCACAAAAUCGGGAGAAUAGAAAUAGGCAAACUGUUAACCACACAACUGGCCGCAAAUCGUUUGUGAGGAUGUUGGAGGAGAAGAAGGAGAUGAUUGGCAAGAUGGAUGGUCUAGCGCCUGAACAACGCACCGAUGAGGCAGCUGCGAGUGUUUUUAGGGAGGUACUUGGUCAGAGACCAGGAUACGCAAGGGGGCUAGGCGAGAUGGUCAUCCCGAAGUCGACAAGACAACGGGACCGUGAACGAGAAAGAGAGUACCUUGCGUUAAUUGAAAAACAUAAGAAAGAUGCCGACAAUUAUAAGAAAGAUGCCGAAGUUUACAAGACGCAGCUUGAUGAAGUGAAGGAUGAAUUGCGAGAACUUCAUGAGAGGCAAAAUGAAACUGAUAAGAUGAUGAGGAUGUUCUUCUUCAAUUUCCAUCCUUCCCCUGGGUCUCUCCAUUCUUCUGGAGAGACCCAGUGA